AUGUACACUACGGCCCUACCUCAGAGGCCUCGGCCUCCCGGAGCCCGCCGGGGUCCUCUUCGUGCCACCGCCGGAGAAGCCCCGCCCCUCCCCUCAAAGCACUCUCUCAGGAUGCAAGAGUCGCCCACUGUCGGUAAGGGAGCAGGAUACGACCUGUACACAUCCCCUGUUCAACGAUCUGGCGUACGCCGCCGCCCAUUAAGCCUACUUUCCGAGGCAAGUGUCCUCUCGCCACCGCCACCGUAUGGUAGGGGCCUUGCACCUUUCCCCGAUGACAAGGCUUCCCCCAUGGCCAUUCCCCCACCACCCCCUGAAGUCCUCGAAUCUGGUCCCUCGUCUGUCCGCAACAGCCUCAUUGACAACGACGUCCCCGGUCCAGAGGGGGACGAAACCGAGCCUUGGAACACUCUCACGCUGCGCGGAGUGCAGAAGCUUAUCCGCCAGCAUGAGUUUGAAGCCAUGAGCGACACGCUUCAGGGCCGACUGCUCGAACUCACGAGCUCACCCAACGCUACCCUCCCCUCGCAGUUCGACCUUGACGAAGGCGUCUCACCCCAUCGUUCACCAACCUAUCGCUUGUCACCCCAUGGGAGACGACUACGUACGGUUCCAAGCGAUCCUGGUCUCGCGUUUUCUCGUCCAAGGUCCCGAGUCACAAGCCACACCGAUGCCCGCGACCUCCGCUUAGCGGCCAUUCGGGCCGAGGAGGACGCCUCCACAAUUGCCCAGCUGGAGGAUGCCCUCGCUGAGGCUCGCGAUGGCGAGGAGGCACAGCGCAAGGCGGCUGCUCGACUCCGGCGCGACCUGUUGCGCAUGAAACGCGAGCUCGAGCACGCGGAGGAGGCAAUCAUCGACAACCAACGCUACGUUAGCCCCUCCGACACCGAUCGCGAUCGUCUGCGCAGUGUUGAAAGCUUCACCCAGUCGGGGUCUGAGCCCAGGCUGCGGGCUCGGGGCAGUUAUGGCCCACCUCCUGAUGACGAGCCUGUCGUCUGGGGUGCCACGGCCAUCCCCGAGUUCCCACGCUAUGAUGACAUGACAAGCGAUGUGGAAACCGAGGUCGCUGAUGAGCCUACCAGCAGCGAGGAUGUCUCUACCUCAUCAUCUAUCACCACCGAGGAGUCGACUGUGAAGGAAACUUCUGCACCGCAAGAGCCUUCCUCCUCCACCGCCCCGUCCUCGGACGUGGGGUCGGACUCUCCCGCGUCCCCGGUUGUGGUUCUCGAACGUGCUGCUAGGCCCCGGCCUCUCAUCACUACCUUGACUUUCGCGAGCCCACCCCGAGACAGCAUCUCGACACCGCAGAUGAGCAUCAACUCGGCGUCUCUGCCUUCCUCUGCCUCUGCUCAGACAACUCCAGUAGGCACAGGUCCACGCCGCUCCCGUAGUGUGCGGACGGGCGGAACUGGCAGCAACCUCCUGAGAGAGAGCAUGCGUGUACGGACCAGAUCUUUCAACUCCGGGCCGCAGUACAUCUCGACUCCAGGCCACAGCCGCAAGUCCUCUGACGUCGACUGGGCCGCGGAGCCCUCCCCGUGCCCCAGUUCCGCCAGCUAUUCAUCAGAACUCUCCAUAAUCGACAGCGUGCGUUCCAUCUACUCGGCUGUCGUCGGCGUUCAUCGUUCGCUAGGCAGUGAGCUUGGCAGUGGCUUCCACCCCACUCCGACGAGGACCAAUGAGGACAUGGCUGGUCCGCCAACGGAAAUGGGCCUCUCAGCCCCAGUUACGCCUCUCAACAUGAUCCAGAAGGCCCGUCAUGCCCGGUACCCGUCGAACCCCACGGCCAUGUUCCACUUCCGCGGCACGCUCGAGUCUCCCUCCCAGCUUGGCGCGUAUGACAGCGAAUACCCAGACGCGCCCAUCAGAAGGGGUCCAGUAGCUGAGAAUUGGACGCCCCAAGCGUGGCCGACACCCUGUCCGCCUCCGCGCGACGGGUCGAGCGACAUGGACUACACAGAGGAGCUACAGAUCCCAAAGCUUGUCACUCCGGAGCCGCUGCAUGCUCGCCGUGGCUGGCCAUCGCAACCGGGUGCCGGCGCCGGCCUCACACCUUCCCCGCGCUACACGACUGGGCUCGCCCCGUGCACGGACCCAUGGGACGAGUAUUCUGAUCGGCUCACUCCAAGCCCGCGUACGCGCAACUUGAGACCCCUCUUGCUUCUCACAAGGCCUGCAACGCACGCGCGCACCUCGUCCCUCGCCCUUGCCAAGGACCGCUCGGCCAGCAGGGCGGGGUUCAAAUUUGGUCGUGUGCCACCGCAGCCGGUGCCCGAGCCGACCCCCAGCAACAUAGUGGUGGCUUACACCCGUGGCGCAAGGCAUGUUCCGCCAGCUGCGAAGCCUCCCAUCGUCCGGCUCCCGGUAACUAUUCCCGGACGCAUUACGCACGACCUGUUCUGCCUCAUCCUCGUGCUCCUCGACUACCUCGAGUGGUUUAUCAUCCUGCUGUACCGCUUCACGGUCGACUUUCGCGCCGGGCCUGCAGGUGCCGAGUCUGCCUUAGGGUUCAAGCGCCGCCAGCACCCGAGGCGCUUCUACCUGUGA